UAUAAACGCAACAUGAUAUUAUUCAUUAAUGAAUCCUGAAAAAGAUAGUGACUUUGCAAAGUUAUUGCAAUACUGUUAUUUCAUUAAUUAACAAUUUUUAAUUAAAAUUAUUUUAUUCGAGCUUUUGUUUACCAAAAUCGAUCAAAACAUAUCAAUGAUCGAUAUUGAACUUAUCGAUACUAAUUUAAAGUACAUUUACGUGACAUAACCUGGAUAACAGUAAAACCGGCGAAUACUGUGACAUUGUAAAUUUAUUAUUUAAGUUGGGAAUUAAAAUAAAUAAUUCAAAUAUGGAUGCUUCGAUUAUCAGAAAUAUGAAGGAUUUCCAUUAUUUGUUUAAUCAAAUGUCUGAAACAUGUUUCAAGACGUGCGUGAGUACAUUUAUGUCAAGGGAUAUAUCUACAGAAGAGAUUCAAUGCAUAGAGAACUGUUCAGGCAAACAUAUCCACGCGAAUCACAAAAUAAUGGAAAUAUUUAUGGAAGUGCAACCUGCUAUUGCUCGUAAAAGCAUGGAGGAAUUUCAAAAGACUCAGGCAGCUUUAGAUGCAGCACAAAAAGAACAGAAUUCUGAAAGCAAUAGAUAGUCAAUUUUGUAAAUUAAUUAGGUCUUCUAAUAAAUAUAUUUUUUAAACCUAA